GUCCACGAGGAUGUGGUGAAAGUUCUUACGGGCGGUCCGUACGUCAUUGGGAAUGGAUAUAUGCAUGUCCAGCCGUGGAGUAUUACAUUCGAUGCCACGCAAGCUGAAGUCACGUCCACAGUUGCGUGGAUUCGUUUGCCGGGAAUGCCCGCCCACCUUUAUCAUAAUAAAGUCUUUCGUACAAUUGGGCGGAUAGUGGGCAAGGUCAUUAAAAUAGACCAGCAGAAGACAGCACUCACUCGAGGUAAGUUUGCACGGCUUGCAGUAGUCGUGGAUAUUACUAAGUCGUUGUGUGUUAACUUCACCCUUAACGCAAACAACAACGGGUCGUGUACGAGAACAUGCCCGUUAUAUGUUUUCACUGUGGGCGACUUGGCCACUCCAGCUCCUCGUGCCUUUACCACCCGCUACCCUAAGACAAUGCUGCCAACUCUGAGAAAGUACAGUCCGACCGCCCUAUAUAUGGACGUGAACGGCGGCGGCGGGAAACCUGCGACCAGCAACAGGAGCGACCCCUCACCGUACGGACCAUGGAUUGAGGUCCCGCAAUGGGCGAAACAACAGUAUUCCCGGCGCAACAAGGGGCCGGCUCAGACCCCUAAAAAUCCGCAAUCAAACCCUAAUCAAGGAUCUCGAUUUGGUGUUUUGGGCAAGGAAGCGUAUCCAGAAGCAAUUUCAAAUUUUGAAUUCCGUACCCAAUCAGUGGAGAAAUCGGUGGGGGCGGGCGACUUGCUAAAGGGGACUGCUAGAAACCCAGGUGAGCGGGAGUGGCGCACCGUCACGAGCAAGAAAAAAAGCAAUAUGCAUGGGAUCCAUCAACCGAUCGUAGACACAUUUGGGCCAGGACAACAUAGUGGGCCUAAAGGUGGACAUUCUAAGAAGGCCGGUGUGGCCCAACUACAGCGUAGUAAACAAACCGAGCCUAUUAUGAGCAUGAGGAGCAGAGUCGGGCCUUUGACCAAAGAUCCAUUACAGAACCAAAUCGAAACGAUCGCGGUAGGAGCUGGAUUGAACCCAACCAAACAUCAGGCCAUCAUUGUGGAUGAGGACCACAGCAACCCACUUCCUACUAACUCUCGUCGCCUGGAUACCAUCGACACCAAUGGCGACGAGGUUAUGACGGAUGGUGAACACGAGGUUCAUAUAUCUCCAAGAACCGUGGCCAGAGAAACAACAACUACGAAGAGGUCCGACGGACAGCUUGGAGGAGACACCCCAACCUAUGGACAGGGAGGACGACUCACGGUCAAGUGGCCAACUCGGCAAUUGAGAGCAGAUCGCACUACCUCCU